UGUAUACAUUUUCAACUGAAGUUUUUUUUGUUUGUUUCCCUUUUUUUGGAUUUUUUCGGGCUAAAGAAGUGCAUUGAAAUGCAAACAAGGCUUUUGCAAAAGUAAUCAUCAUAGUAUCCCCCAUAAAAAAAAAAUACCCACAAAAAAAAAUAAAAAAAUAUUCAUUGAUUCUCAGAUUGUGGAGCAGAAAGUGUGUUAUAAUAAAAAAAAACGAAAUAAAACCAAAACUGUGUCUAAAGAUAUUUUUGUAAAAUAUUGGUCAAAUGCAAGACAGCCUUUAAAACAUUAAGGAAAAUAAUUUAAAGAGAAUUUUCGCCCAGCGAAAUUAUUUUAAUUAAAUAAGAAAAAUAUUAACAAACUUAAUUAAAUUUAAACAAAUUUCUACGCUAAACACUAUGGCUAAGACUAAAAAGCUAAUAAAGAAAUUUACAAAAUAUUUUUUUAAAACUCUUAUACAUAACAAUUUAAUUAUACGUAAGAAAAACUUUACUAAUUUUAAUACGAAAAUCCUUAAGGAGAGAAAAUGAAUUUUACACCAUUUGGUAAUCCAUUUCCCGGUUCUAUACCGGGUAUAGCCCAGUUUACUGCCACCACAACACCUUUGGUAUCGACAGUAACAUCGGCUUCGGCGGUGGCCACGGUAACAGCAACUACCACACUGCAACAACAGCAGCAGCAACAACAACAGCAGCAGCAGCAACAGCAACAAGAUACUGUAACAAUAGCGGGCAAUCGUUACCAGCAACAGCAGCAGCAACAACAACCUAGUACCUCUACCAUUAGUAUGACCCAUUUCAAUCAACCUGCCAUACAAGUUGCCACCGCUACUGCUGUUACCGCUUUGCCCGCCAAAUUUCGCACCAACAACGAUGAUUCUCAAGGUGAUAAAUACAAUGGUCAUAUGGUUGCGUUAGCAGCUGCUGGUGUGGGCAAUCAACAGCAAGCCCAGCAACAACAGCAGCAGCAACAACAACAACAAACUACACAGUAUACUACUAUACCCGCCUACAAUCAACAAACUGAAGAUAAACGUUUAGUACAAGCCGCCAUAGCUUAUCCUCAAAAUACCAUAACAGCUUCCACCUCAGCAGCAGCGGCUGCUACUGCCUUAGGUUUACAACAAGCUCAAUUACAGCCCUCAACAUCGACGCAGCAAUUGCAGACACAGCUAGCAGCACCUCAGGAGUUAACUCAGGAUUUAUGCAAUGCCAUAUUGCAACAACAAGGUGUGGAUUCAAAACGUGUGUUACAAAAUACCUCAUGGCAAUCAUUAACCCCUGGUACUACGGUUGCAGAUUAUCUAUCACAUCUUCCGGCUAAUACAUUGCCACUAUCAUUACAUCAUUUUUUAAAAUAUUCAGCAGAGAAUAUUAAAAAGGAAAACCAAAAUGUAGUUUUACAGGUACAAACGGGACCACCAUUGGGUUUAAACACCUUGGGCGGCUCUACCACAAUCACAAUACCUCAGCAGCAAUUGCAGCAAGUAACGGCUACAAUACAAGAACAACAGCAGCAGCAACAACAACAACAGCAGCAACAACAACAAAACACAGCCACCGCCACUUUGCCCUUGUUACAAACCCAACCUACAACAAGUGUUUUAGCUGCCACUUUACAGACUACCCAACAGCAGGCUACACCUAUAGAGCCCAGUACUAGCGCGGCAGCCACUACCACUACCCCUAAACGUAAAAAACGAAAAAAGCGUGUUAAGGAACGAAAACCUAAACCCAGACCCGGCGAAAUACGUUUAACCACCGCUUUAGAUGGUAGUCCUUUGUACAUGUGUCCCGAAUGCCAAGUGGCUUAUCCCGAACCUGAAUUGCUAGAAAUCCAUUUAAUAGGUCAUAAUUCUGAAAGGAGAUACAUCUGCGAUAUAUGCCAAGCAACACUUAAAAGAAAAGAUCAUCUGACGCGUCACAAACAGUCCCACAAUCCCGAAAGACCUUUUAUAUGUACGGUUUGCUUGAAGGCUUUCAAAAGAAAAGAACAAUUAAGUCUGCAUUUUGUCAUACAUUCCGGCGAGAAGCGUCAUAUAUGUCAGGAAUGUGGCAAAGGUUUCUAUCGUAAAGAUCAUUUGAGAAAACACACCAGAUCCCAUAUAGCACGUAGAGUUAAGGCUGAGUUAAGUAUGCAGAAUGAAAGUGAAAAUGGUACUAGUAUGCUGCAGCCAGUGGCAGGAGCCUUGGCCGUGGUGCAAGCCACUUUACAGCAAGUUCAGCAGCAGCAACAACAACAACAGCAGCAACAGCCUCAAACACAAACCCAGCAAACCACACAAGUGCAGCAACAACAAGUACAACAACAACAACAGCAGCAAGUACAACAACAAUUGCAGAGCCAACAACUACAACAGCAACAUGUGGUUAUCACCCAGCAACAGAAUCCCCAGCAGCAGCAGACCCAGCAACAAAUGCAACUGCCUAAUUAGCCCCCACCUGGUGGCACACAGCAAGAAUUUUGUAAAGUUAGCUAGUUACACAUUUUUGUUGUUGUUGUCAUUAUUUAUUAACAAAUUAACACAAUUUUUUUACAUUUUUCAUAAUUUCCAUUCUUAUCAAAAACUUUCUUCUUACAACACAAUUUUGUUUACUAUUUUUUUCCAUUAAAAGCUUUUGCACACUCUUAACUUUAUUAUAAUUUAUCUUAAAAACACUUUAAUCUUCAUAAACAACAUUUAUUUAACACUUUCGCUAUUUAAUUUGUAUGUUUUACUUUAAAAAUUAAAAUUUUCUUUAUUUCUUUUCACAACUAAAUGACUUUUCACAUUUUUCUACAAAGUACCGUUACUUUUGGUUUGU